AUGUGUGCCACGCAGUAUAUCAUGACUAGCUCUCCUGGCUCUGACCCCAGUGAAAAUGGCUCCGACAACUCGACCUGGUCCGGGGCUUCAGCAACGAGCAAUGCAAGCCAGUCCAGUGUAUCCAGCACAUACUCCAUCAAAAGGUUCCAAGGACAGAGCUGCCGUGCCGACGUCUUCUACGCGGGCGAAACUGUGUCACGACGCUCGCGAGAGCUUCAGAGCGAAAUGGACGUCCAUUUGUCUUUGAUGGAAUCUAUAUGGAGUGAUCAAUCCGAAGCAAGUCGAUACCAAGCGGCGACUAGUAACAUCGCAGAGAAUGCCCCGCACGGCGCCGAGUUGGAACGCCCUGAGAUUCUCGCUAGGGCUGAGAAACACUCUUCUCCACUGGUCUCCUGUCUCGCUCCUGUCAAAAGUGAUAGCACUGCCUCCCCGGGGAAAGAUUGGCUCCAAGUUCAACGUACCGCCGCUACAGUCUUCCUCCUCGUUACCUAUCUGAGUUGCGUGCAACUUAUCAUACUCACUCAGGUGCACGCAUCUCAAGGCGCGAAGCGAAAGUACGGCGACUCUCAAAAUACACAGCCACAGAUCAAUCAUUCUUUGUCCUCUCCUGCUCCUGGCCGUGGGAAACCUUCUGGAGGCCAAUGGACCGCCGACUCGGCCUCAUCCUUGGCUACGAGCACUUCUGGCUCCAAAAGGAGGAAGGCGGCUGCCAGGAGGUUGGGGGACAUAUUUUACAAGUUCGACCCUGUCAAGUAUUGGAAGUGUGCAUGCAGGGGCAGCACCACUACGCGGGAGCUCUUCAGAAGAGAUGAACACAAACAUCUGUCCUUCUGGCAUGUUAAAGCCGGCCAUUUAAGUUAUCACAACUUGCGGGAGCUCCAUCAAUUCGACCCUUGGGGUGACGAGCAGCUGCGAAACGAAGCUCAAAGGUCUGGGGGGGACCGCGAGGUGUUUAUCUGGAGGUACAAAUUCAUCAUGGCUUACCCAAGCUUUAUUCCGUACAGGGCAAUGUUGAACCCAUGGCAAGGAGAACCGCUUCUCCCAGAAGAUUUCGAUGACGUUAUGCGGAUGCUACAACUCCUCGAGUACAGGCGUUGUGAUGGUGGCGACGCAACUGCCUCGAUAAAUGACCCUGGCUGCCAUGUACUGGCGUCAGACGGCCAGCGAAUUAUGUUUAUCGCUAAUCUAUUUUUCGUGGGCUUUUUCCUGGGACAACUCUCGGAAACGAUACGUCGACAUGACCCAAGCCUCCCAACAGCGAAUCUGCACCCAGAAGGCCCACCCGAAAUCCGUCCAUCCAUCGACGAAGAGCCCUCAGGGCCACUUCACUCGACGUCGAACCAUACUGUCAAUGAUGAACCCACCCCGACUCCGCUGGUGCCGCCAGAUUCGCUGCCAACUGCGUUUCUUACGGAUGAGUCUUUGACACAGACCCGCCCAACCCAGGCUGACGACGUUCCGUCGGCUUCGAAUGUACCAUCGCAAGAUAGCUGGAUAACGGAGGCAACAGGGCCUAGCACAAUUCAGACCCCGCCAGACUUGGGGUUUGAGGUAGUCAAUACAAGGAUUUGCGAAAAUGCUGAGAGCACUUCCUGGGAGCCAGGCAUCUCGGAGCUUACUGUUAGUAUGCGUGACGAUGAAAAAAGACCUCAAGCAGAAAACGCCCUCGAUGAGGAUCAGAACUCAGUGUCAAGCGACGAAAGUUGGAAGCAUUGGCUACGUGAUGACAAAAUACAGAACACCACAAAUGAGUAA